UCACCCCCUCCCCACCCCCCAUCCCCUUCCCUGCAUUGCUGCGCUGGACGUCAUGAGCAUAGUAAUCACACUGGGAGUCACCACGCCUGAGACACCGUACACCGAUAUGGCCGCUGGAUCAGAUCCUGAAUCAGUUGAAGCCAGCCCAGCAGUAAAUGAGAAGAAUUACUCAAGUCGCAGCUGUGGGAACACACAGAGUCAUGGAUAUGGGGGCUUGCCCUAUGCUAUGCAACAGUCUUCCGUUGUGUGUUGUCAGGAUCAUAACUAUGGAGCUCCACCCCCUCCCACCCCUCCUGCCUCCCCACUCUCCCAGACUGUUUUCUCCCAUGCGGAACGCAACGGCACUCUGGGCCGAUCGCGCCCCUGUUUCUCCACCAAUGAACCAGACAACUCUGCUGACAGUGAGAGCUCAUCAGAGGAGGAGGAGGUGGUGGAGGGCGCUAUUCCACCUUCCUGGUGUUCGUGCCAUCUAAAUCAGGAUGGCUUCCUUAUUAAGUGUGAAAACUGCAGGGGGCUGGAGAAGAAGAAAGGGCUCGAUGGGCAACGCCGAAAAGCAGAGAAUGUUUCAGUGGGUGAGAGCAGUGCUACAGAGAGUGGUGAUGAGGACAUGUCAGCCUCUGCUGUGUCAUACACAGCCACCCAACACACACCCACUAGCAUCACUCUCACUGUCAAAAGAGUCAAACACAACAAGGUCAAAAAGAGAAAGAAGAGCACAGAGAAAACCCGCACCACUCCAAAAGCCAAGAAAGUUAAGGCUUACAGAGAGGGCUCCAGAAAAUCCAUGAGGAUGAAGAACUCUGCGUCAGAGACCAGUGUUCUGGAUGAGAACACAACUGAAGGGUGGGAGACACGAAUUCGGCAAUGGACGGACCAGUAUGAGGAGGCUCUGGCUAACCAGUACAGCGCUGAUGUACAGACCCUCCUCGAACACUACUGUGCCAAUGGCAACUCUUCCCCCUCACCAUCUACUGUCGCCAUGGAUACCAUCAACCGAACAGAACUUGCUUGCAACAACACUGUGUUGGGCUCACAAAUGCAGUUACAGCUGGGUCGUGUAACACGUGUGCAGAAACAUAGGAAGAUUCUCAGAGCUGCACGGAGUUUAGACCCCGAAACACUCAUCAUCGAGUAUAGAGGCAAAGUCAUGCUCAGACAGCAGUUUGAAGUCAACGGACAUUUCUUUAAAAAGCCAUAUCCAUUUGUCCUGUUCUACUCCAAGUUCAAUGAAGUGGAGAUGUGUGUGGAUGCCCGAACCUUUGGCAAUGAUGCACGGUUUAUCAGAAGAUCAUGCACUCCUAAUGCUGAGGUGCGGCACAUGAUAGCAGAAGGGAUGAUACACUUGUGUAUUUAUGCAGUUGCUCAAAUCUUAAAGGAUUCUGAAGUCACUAUUGGAUUUGAUUACGAGUUCAGCUGCUGUAAUUACAAAGUGGAUUGUGCAUGUCACAAGGGCAAUCAAGACUGUCCUGUGCAGAGACACAAUCUUCGUCCCCUCCAACUGCUGUCCCCUCAGCCUUCACAGUUUGCCCUGCCUGGAGCAGAGACACGGAGGAGACGAGCGCGACGCAGAGAGCUGGAAGGGGACAAACUCGUAACGGGUGUAUCCGAUGAGAGUAACCAUCUGCUGGAAGAUGCAAAUGAAGCACAUGGAGUUAGCGAUACAGAGGAUGCUGUUAUGAACAGAGUGAAGCUGGAGAAUGGAGAAGAGGAGUUAGAUGAGAACGGAGCAUUAACACCAAACAGACGUUCUCGUGAAGAACGCAAGGCAGAGGCCAUAAUGCACAUGUUUGAAAACCUUGAGAGGCGAAAGAAACGUGGUCAUGUUACAGCGGAGGAAACCAAACUGGAAGCGGGGGAGGCAGAAGUGGCCUCAGCAGGAAACUGUGUACCAAAUGCAGCAGCAGCAGGAGGAGUCUGUACUAGGCGCUCCUCCUUUGCCACUCUGGACACAGCAGACAUUGACUCUGAGAAACCCCCUGCUACACCCAGUCCUGCUCCGAAACCACAGCCUGCCCGCAGUUCCAAACCACGUCCUAAGAGCCGUAUCUCCAGGUACCGCUCCACUUCAGCCCAGCGUGCUCGGAGACAGCGGCAGGCUCUUUCCCAGCAAGCAGCGGAGGGAGUUGUGGUGGGUAGCGAAGAGGGGAGUGCAAGAGCUGGCCUCACGGAACAGGGCCAGGGAGAGGGAGCUCCAAACUGUGGUCAUCUCCAGGAUGGAGAACUAUAUGGAGCUGCCGCUUCAGGGAUUAGUAACAAGACGCAUGUCAGAUACCCAAAAACCAAAAAGUACCUGGUGACUGAGUGGUUGAAUGAUAAGGUCCCAGAGCGAGUGGAAGAGUCUGUGGAACGUCCUCUACGCAUCACCACUGACCCUACAGUUCUGGCCACUACACUCAACAUGCUGCCAGGAUUAUCUCAUUCACCCCUCAUUUGUACUACCCCCAAACACUAUGUUCGUUUCGGCUCACCCUUUAACCCAGAAAGACGCCGGCGACCUUUUAUGAUUGACCCUUCAUAUGGUUCAUGCAAGAAGCGGUGGAUGAAACAAGCCCUGGAUGAGAGCAUGUUAUCUGGCCUGUUGGAGGACGGAACUGAGUCCAAUUCUUCCCACAAAAGUAACACCAGCAGCACCAGCAGCUCUGUGCCUCUCAAACCUGAGCUGAUAGGACCAUUUAAGAAAAGGAAACUGAAGUGUUCAGAAACGGCAGCUCCAUCCUCUGAACUUUUGUUGCGUCCAUUGUCCCCGAUCACCCCACCUCUGCCCUCGGAAUAUCCCAUUACACCUCUUCCUUCACUCCUCAACCCCUGCUCGCUUUAUUUAGGUGGGGAAGUAGAGAAGCGAAAUUCUACUGUGCUUUCCUACUCCCCUCUCACAUCAAGGCCUGCCAGCCGCUGCAAUACGCCUCUACAGUUUGAGAAUAUCUCAUCUCCCGAGGCCUCACCUGUGCACAUAUCAGAAUCUCUGACUCCAGAUCCCUGUUUGCGAUCAGACUUAACUUCGCGGGUCCCUGCCUUCCCUGAUUUCCCCACAAGCCGGGGAAGUCCAGCUCCUGUGUCAGAUGACUUAUCCCUUCCUGCUCCAGACUCUCUGAACGGAUCUGGCGGUGGGACUCCCCGCAGCUCCGCUGUUGCAUCCACUCUAUGUGACUCUACAUUGGUUUCACAUGCCAGUGAGGCGCAGACCAGAGAACAAGCCUUUAGGACAGAGUUUAACCUUAUUUACACCUGCUCGCCCCUCAACGCCAAUCUGCCCACGGGUCCCGUAAGUGACAGACAGUUCUCACAGGCAGACGGAAGUUUUGCCACUGCAGAUUCAGACUUCAGCACAGUGUGCAAUCAGGGGCUGCUGAUGGAAGUGGGCUCUGCCUCUCCCUCGCUGUAUCUGGACACGCAGUUUGGAGGAUACUCAGAGAGCAGCACUUCACCUCACCCUAGCAAUCCACCACAGAAGAAGAAGAGGGUCAUGGUGAGUGCUGCUAGUCAGCUGGCUGGCUUGUCUGGGUACCAGGCAUUAGCUGUAAGGGGCCAGUUCAAGCCAGGGCAGAACAUGGUCUCUCUGCUAGAGUACAGGGAACGGAAAAAGGGGCCACGGGACCCAGCACCCCUUGUCACAAACCUCAGCUCCAUCUGCCCUCGCACAGAGUCUCCAGGACACCUGCGAACACACUUUCAGCCGGCUGUCUCUCCGCACAACUCAUUCUCACCAGAGCGCCAGACUUUCCCACAAAUAGAGGAGAUCAGUCCUCCUGCCGUCAGGUCUGGAAACCACACAAAGUCCAACCACUGGAUGGUUCCUACAUCAGUGGAGCGGCUGAGGGAGGGACAGGGCGCUCUGGAGCGUGUUUUGAGGGGCAAUCUCAACAUUGAGCGUGCCCUUAAAAGAGCAGAUGCUGGGAUCAGUGACCAAAUCAGCAGUCAAGACAAGUGCUCUGAUGUUGUUGAGAUGGACCGGUAUGAUCUUCACAACUCGUCUCUGGCCUCUCCUACAAAGAGCCCUUCUGUUCACCCACAUCAGCAGAUGCUGCCUCUCAAGCCAGAAUCCCAUCAGCACUUGGAAAGCCCCGCUUAUGACCAGCAGAGCUCCUCUUCUCCGUUCUGUCCCUCUGUAAGCCCCUCUCCUCCCCGCUCCAGCUCCGGUGGACCAGCUUAUUACCCUUCAAAGCUGCCCACACAUAGCCCGCUCGCCCUAGGGAGCCCGUCCUCCUCUACAGUCUCCAUCUCGUCGGUGGACUCAACAGUGUGUGUGCCACAUGCAGCUCACAGCAGCAGUGCAGGUGCGAUGGACACCUCAAGCCUUAAAGCUAAACUCUUGGACAGCACCCUCUCAGCUGCCAUCUGUAUGCCCACCAGGGGACACCUUAAACUGGACAGCGCUUCAGUUCCACAAACUCAAGGUGCUCAUGGCUCCAGACUGGCUCAGACGUCCAGAACGCAGAGCCAGAGAACAGACAGAGCUAAUCAGGCUAACUCCAGACAUCUCACAGCACCUGGAGCACAGCACUAUCCACAGCGAAAUCUACAGGGUUCAGGGGUAUGGACACAGUCGGGCAGCUUUUAGGACCCUGCAGUGUGUGUGUGUGAGCGCGUGUGUGUGUCAGAAAGAAAAGUGUGUGACAUCCUCUUCAUAUUUACCUGUGGAGAAACUGUAUUGUUUGAGGGAAUCUGAUGUAUUGAGUUCUGUAUGGAUGGUCUAGUUUUUGGUUUUGUUUUGUUUUUUUUGUCUUUACUUUUCCCAGUUCCUUUGAUCUUUUUCCGAAAACUGAAUUUCUGCAGUUACAUGUAACUUAGUGUGGACUUCAUAACAAUCAAAUCACGGACGUUAAACUAGUUUGGAGUAUAUAACCAGAUUCAAAUGUAUUUUGAAAAUUCACCCAAAUGCUACAGUGACGCGUUCACACGGAGGUGCAAGUGUUUAAGAGGGAAAAACCGAGGGUAAAACAGCUUUCUCUAAAAUAGAGUUCUCAUCUUUCAAAACUUGUCUAAGAGUAAAAGAGAUCAUGCUGAUCUUAGAUGAGUGAUCAUGUUUAAUGAAUAAUAUUAUGACCGUUUGAAAUGACACUCUUUUUUUAAAAGAUGCUUCGCACGCUUGACGACGUUCUCUGAUCUUCGGUUUCAUCGUGUGGCGUGUUCAUCGAUGGCAUGCUUGGCUCAGAGCAAGGUGUUUUUGAAUGCACGUCAAAGCGGUUCUUGGUGAACAACGAGUUAUUUCCUCACUCUGAAUCAUUCCAGUGUCUAGCUAUUGUUAGGGUCCGACAGGUUAGUGUCAUAAAAUCACUACUCACUUGAUGUGUAAUACUUGACGAGCAGAUCUUACGGUGCUUCAGUUGGUCCAUUUGAAUAGUUUUUGUUUCCCGAUGUGAUCACGAUCACCUCUUUAAGUAAAACACGCAACUUGAUUUUUGUUUUUAAACAAACCAAUGAUUGUUAAAAGAGCCUCUCUGUAAGUCACACAGCACAAGAAAUUGCAGAAAAGAAUUAAUUCGCAGAAUUGUUUUUGUUUAUACUCCGUUAAAUGUGUACUUAAUUUCUCUCCCUUCAUUAAUUUUCUCUUUCGACCAGUCCUUGCAUUCCAACCACCAUUCUAGAAAGGAAGGGAGGAAAGAAAUGCUGUGGCCAAAUGGUUUGAUCAGUGAAAAAAGACAAAGCAAAUGUGCUGCUGCUGUGAUCUCUCCAGUUCGUUUUUUUUUUUUUUUAAAUGACAAGCGCUGCUCACAGGACAGCCUUUUUUAACAGAAUAGGCAUAGUGCUGUUCCCCCUUGUUUAAAACCUUUAAGAAACCGAGAGGUCUCCAACUCAUGUGCCAUGAUGACCACAGUGGUGGGAUGUCAAACCCACUUCAAAACAAAAAACCUAACGCCUGUUUUGCAUCAUAUUUGUCUGCUUGGUGAAUUUAUUCGUGGUCCAACAAUGCAAGAUAUGAAAUCUGUUUUUGUUUCACCCCAAUGUAAAAGAUCUAGAGUUGAUGACGGGUUCAAGUGGUCAGCCUUAGCUCUCUGGUUUAUAUGAAUGUUUAUUUGUUAGAAGAAAAAAAGAAGAAAAGGAUUAUGUGAUCUGAAAUUUACCAGCACCUUAACUACAUGAUCAUGUGUACUUGGGUGAAGUGUCAUUCUGUUCUCAGAGAAAUAUAGUUCACCAAAUUUGAUGCAUGAUAUUUCUUUAAUGUGUCAUUGUAACAGUUGAGGGCUGGCUUUAUAGGAUACGCUUUUGAUUGGGACUUACCUCUUGACCCACAAACAUUUGGCACUUUUCUAGCAUCCACAGACGUAUUUUUGUUGUUGUUUUUUUUUUUAAACCUCAUUUGAAAACUCUUCCCCUUUUCAUGACAUGAAAUGCAUCACAUUUUGCUUUUUAAAUAAAAUGUUUGUGAACAUUUUUAAAAAAUAA